CUCAAACCUCCGCUCCAGCAAUCCCUCCUCCGCCUCCCCCCUCUACGUACGCUCGACGCCUCCGUCCUUUCGAUCUCCUGUUCCCACCCUCUCUCAAUCUCACAAUGGCUUCCGGCUUCGGUAACAACGGCGGUCCUUCCCGCUGCUACAACUUCUGGCAAGAGGUCUUGGGUUGUUAUGUUGUCAACUCGGCCGAGGGUGAGGUUGGCAAGAAGAAGUGUCUGCCUGCUUUGGAGGAUUACCACGAGUGCCUGCACCACAAGAAGGAGAUCAUGCGCACGAUGAAGAUGCAGGCUGCCUACCGCAAGGCGGAGGCCGCCCACCCCCGCGACAAUGCGCCCAAGGCCGAACAGAUCCGCAGUCUAGGUCUGCUAGGGAAGGAAGAAGAGUCGGCUGCGUUCUUGACACGGGCAUAGGAGAGGCAUGUUGUGCGCAUUUAGGGAGUGUGGAUUUCAUGUUGAUUGUUUCAAUUACUACCAAGAUUCUGCUGGUUUGUUUAUCCGUUCUGUCUGUUCAUCACUGCGAGGUCCUUCAAUGUAUAGAAAUGGACAAAUUUCCUUUUGGUGCCUGCGUGGGUUAUAUUGGGCCCAAGCUUGAGGUCUGCAAUGCCAAUGGUCGCUCUCCACCCAUGAUGAUGAAAGACAAUGACUGCACAGUUCAAUUUCGGCAAUUGAUAAUGCACACAUGAGAAUGGCACUGUUUGUCUUUGGCCAGGCCCCGAUUAAUGCUGUGUGUAGUU